ACAGGCUGAGAGAGUUGGGGUUGUUCAGCCUGGAGAAGGGGGUUGGAACUGGAUGAUCUUUAAGAUUCCUUCCAACCCAAACUAUUCUAUGAUUCUAGACCACACUACCAGGGAUGGGGAAUUGCAGCUGGAAGAAUUAACCUGGAGCAUGCCCAUAGGUUUUCACCGUUCGGACACAGCGGUGCAGCUCAGGGAGCAACUCAUGGGCCCUGGGUUUUGGAGCUCAGCGCCCGCCUGUAGGGUUCUUUCACAGCAUUUUGCAGGUAGCGUGGAAAACAGGCGAAGCGAUGAGUAUGAAGGGGAACUGUGGAUGUUCUGUACCGCGCUAGAGGCUCUCCUAGCAGCCCCGCAUCCCGAGUCUGAAGCCUUUUGCCUGGCAGCAAGCGCAGCCACUCCGGUGUGGGUUCUCAGCUGCUGUGCUGAUCCCUCGGGCAGUGGAGCUUAAAGGCAGUGGAAGUUGGCAUUCUUGGCUCCAAUGGUCUCCAAUGUCUGCCCACCUUCACGGUGCCGUGCACGGGGAAAGAGCUGGGCAGGCAGUGGUCGAGGGACAGGGCAGCUUGGCCCCUGCCAUGAGGCUCUUGCAUGAUGCAGGCUUGUGAUGAAGUCAGUAAACCACAGCCUGCCGCGAGCACGCUCCGGGCUGGUGCUUUCCGCUGCGGGAGGCACUUGCCAUGUCCGCUCCCGGGCUCGGCAGCCCAGCCACGCUCCGUCUCCAGCAACAUGGACCAGCGGGAGAUUCUGCUGCAGAACCUGGAAAGGGCUCAAGGCAAGAAGCUCAACCGAGAAGAGUUUGUAGAGGAGUUUUUGAAGCUGAAAAGGCAGUCAACAAAGUACAGAGCGGAUAAAAUCUACCCCACAACAGCAGCUGAGCAACCAGAGAACAUCAAGAAGAACAGAUACAAGGACAUCUUACCCUUUGACCACAGCAGAGUGGAGCUGUCCCUGAUUACAUCGGAUGCAGAUUCUGAUUACAUCAAUGCCAACUUCAUCAAGGGUGUCUAUGGGCCAAGAGCAUACAUUGCAACCCAAGGUCCUCUCCCCACCACUGUCAUUGAUUUCUGGAGGAUGAUUUGGGAGUAUAAGGUCCUGGUUGUGGUCAUGGCUUGUAUGGAGUUUGAGAUGGGGAAGAAGAAGUGUGAGCGGUACUGGGCAGAGGUGGGCGGCUCUCCGCUGCAGUGUGGCCCUUUCUCCGUCGCCUGUGAAGCUGAAGAGAUGAAAACCGAGUUUGUGAUCAGGACUUUAAAGGUGACCCUGAACGAGGAAAUCCGUACCGUCCACCAGUUCCACUAUAGAAAUUGGCCAGACCACGACAUCCCCUCAUCCAUUGACCCCAUUCUGGAGCUCGUAAGUGAGAUACGCUGCUACCAGCUGGAUGACAGCAUCCCCAUCUGUGUCCACUGCAGUGCCGGCUGCGGGAGAACCGGGGUCAUCUGUGCAGUUGACUACACCCAGAAGCUGCUGAAGGAUGGGAUUGUUCCGGUGAACUUCAGCAUUUUCAGUCUGAUGCAGGAGAUGAGGACGCAAAGGCCAACCCUGGUGCAGACCAAGGAGCAGUAUGAACUGGUUUACGAUGCGGUGAUCAAGCUCUUCCAGAGGCAAAUUAAAGCACUCAGCACCCAGGAGGAUUCUGCUGCUUCACAGGCACAGACAAGACAUCUUGUAGCCAAGCCAUCACCAGCUCCAGUGGAAGAUCUUUAUUCUCUCAGAUUACUGACCUGCUCGGAGCAAGAGGAGCAGGAUGUACAUCAGCGUUUUCCUCCGGUGGCACAAAGCAAAGCCCCUCCGGCACCGUCCUCUGCCCCAGGAGCACACGGCAGCUCUGGAGGCAGGGUCCCUCCCAUCAGACAGGCAAUCUCCUUCGGCAUGUUGAACUUUGCUGGCUGUAGGAUGGCAGCUGCCGCUGAGAAGUGGGAUGCUAGGGACACUCUCCAGAAGCACCACAGCUUAGAGCUCAACAGCAUUGCUCCCGAGCAGCUGCUCCUAAACCUGGAUCCGAAGGGCGCAGGCAGGAAGGGGCCUCGUGGCACAGCACCCCUGACUCGAACUGCAUCGACCCCUUUUGUGCUGGCACAGCGGGGAGAAGGCUGGGAAUGGGAUGGAGAGGACACAAAACCAGUCUCGAGCGCACAGUUGCCAAACGCCUGUUAUUCGAGCUCUCAAGUGAAGAAACAGGAUGGAUUCUCCUCUGUGGAACUGUACCACUCAAGCCGAGAUGCAGAUGGCCCCCCAAGACACAGAAACCGUGGGCCAUGUCCUCUCCCUCACUUCUGCUCAGCAGAAGACCCCUACUUCUCUUCACUCUCGCCAGACGACCCUGCGUCUCCAGCGUUUGGCAAGUCCUUCGUGGAGGGGCAGGAUGCUCUUCUCCCAUCUCGUGCCGUGGCAGCCCCGCUGCUGCCCGCCAGCUCCCCACCACCCCGGUCCGUGUCCCCUCACGCUCCCUCGCUGACCGACGCUGGGAGAUCUGCCUCGACCAUCCUGCCACAGCCAGACGACGACAAUCCUCCGCCCCUGCCCAAGCGAACUCCGGAGUCCUUCAUUGUGGCCACUGAUCCUGGACAAUUUCCUCUGGCCACUUCUGAUUUUCAGCUUCCAACCAGAACUAGAAGUAUCGGAACGUCUUUGGAGUGGAGUGGGGAGUCUCACUCAGAGGUGUUUACUGACUCAGUGAGACUGAGACUAUGUAAGAGCGUGAAGCUUCAGAGCCCACAAACAGAGGCAGCCCCGGAUUGCUCUGAAUCUCCUCCUCCGCUUCCUGUAAGAACCCCGGAGUCAUUUGUUCUCGCUGAUGCAGCAAGUCUGCAGCCUGCCGCAAGAAAUUCUGCGGGCUCGGAGAACAACGCUUCAGAAACAUCAUUGAAAGAGACGACGAAAUGCUUCAGGAGAAGCAAGAGCUUGAAAAUCUUGAAGAAUAUGAAAAACAGCAUCUCCAGCCCGUUUGCACUGACAAAGCCAUCGGAACCGGCCCCGUCAAACCAUCCCAGGUCUUUUCUGAGUUUUGGCUUUGCGAAUCGAUUUUCAAAACCCAAAGGACCAAGAAAUCCCCCACCAGCCUGGAACGUUUAGAUAUCUCCUAUAGAUUUGGCAUUACAGAUUUGUAAAGUCCUUCUGGUGCACUUUAAGUGCUCAUUCCAGUAGGUUUUCUACCAAAAUAAAUAUAUCAAAGGCUGUUGCAUGGUACUUGCAGCUCAGGCACCACUUGCACGUUCUCCAUCAACUAAAGUUCUAAGGUAAAGAAGACAAAAGUACCAGGAGCACCUUUGGUUAAUUUACUACAGGACAUAAACUAACACUGGGAACAGACGUUUUAUCCCAAGGAGGGAUAUAUUUUUGUUGUGUUUUGGAACUUAUUCACUUUAAAGGGACGGAUUUGAGCUCUCUGAAACAAAGCAGUGCACACUGGUGACAGGAUCCAGCGAAGACUUUUGAGUGAUAUGGAGCAGACCAAAGCCGAACAAGACUGUGGAUUGCGCAGAUGCUGCCUCUGUGCAACUUCACUCACCUGUGCAGGUCUGCCAUAAUCAGAGACUCGCACCUCUUCAGAUGUUUACAUUACUUGGACCGAAAGAGAAUCGGCAUCUCAGAUUGCAGAAAUAAUAUUUCUCUAAGUGUUUUUUUUCCAUCUGAGUGAAUCAGAUAACUUCUCUGGAUUUUUGGUCAAUAAGACCAAGAUGCUCACUGACCACACAGGAACUGAACCGCUGUGAUGGACCGCAGAAUGAGCUGACCCAGCUGCCCUCGCCAUCUGAAUAAAACCAAACCAAACCACCAGGACAGCAAGCAGAGUAUCACUGUGUUUUUAAAGCAAUGCUGGUUUUAAGGAUUUAUGAUUUUAGAUGGCUAUGUUGGAAAAGGAGAUUCCUAACCAGAUUCCAGUGCUAUUUGUAUCCUCAGUGUGGAUGGAUAAAGACAAUGGAAACUGCUGUAUGGCAGUAAUUUCCCGUAGAGAGAGAAAAAAAGAAAAUGGGAUUUGGGGAGUUGGUUGAGAAAGGAAUCUACUGACAACUGGAACAGAGAGCUCAAGCUGCUCUAAAGCCACUGGUGCCGGCGCAGCCCAGAGGCGCCUGCCUUGGUGCCCAAAGGCGUCGCCUGUUCUUUCAAGGACAGAGACCCACAACAGCCCUCACCCUGUUUACAGUCCUGCUGCCGAUAUUUGUGUGUUGUACCAUUGUAUCAGUCAGCGAAGCCAUCCAGACGGACGCUGCCUUAGCGUGACGGUGGUGGGCGUGGGGGCUGAGCUGCUGUCGCCAGGUCACCCUUCUAACAGCGACACCAGCCCACGGGAGGCUUUACCCCACUGUUGCUCGAAAAGCCGUUCGAGCAGUGGGGUGUUAUCAAUGAAGUGGUUUAUGAUGUGUGAGAAGUGCUGUAGAAAUAAAGUGUA